CAUGAAUCUCUCAUCAGUUUUGACCCGAACAUACGCAGCACAAUAGACCUGAGGAAUUGACAGAAUAGUGAACCAUCGCCAAGGAUAUUCUUCAAGUGUGCCGGGUUUCGGAGUAUUAACCGCACCGCAAUGCGCGCCACAGCCUUCCACUGCGGGCCGUGGUAAAACAGCACCUUACAAAGUAUUGUACAAUACAACUGGGGCCAAGAAAAGUGAAUAUCCCCGGCCUGUAAUAAGCAGGAGGGCACUCAAUAACGAAACAAUGGACUCGUCACAGCCAUCAUCAUCCGUCAAACUCUACCCCAGGAACCAGGCAUCCCAGCAACAAUCACAACAACUAAACAAAACCCCGCUGCCGGGACUACUGCAGACGCCCGCCGGCCUCGCCAUCCUCGAGCUGCAGGGCACCAUCAACGUGCCGCCCAAGCACGAGCACAGCCACGGUGACGGCGACGAUGACGAGCAUCUCAACAGCCACCAAGAAAAAGAAGUAGAUGAAACUAGCGGCAACAACGCCCUCGCCAUCGGCCGCCUCGAGUUCCCCGACUACCGCCCCGACGACCUCGCCGCCAGCGACCCCGCUUGGAUGAAGCGCGUCCACAUGAGCGUCGGCCUACACCAGCGCCUGACGGGCGAGGUCAAGAAACUGCCCCGCCCCGUGGCCGUGCUGAGGAGGCGGCGGCGGGGACUGCAGCAGGAGGGUGAGGAGAAUGAGGGGGAAGAUGCGGAUCUUGAGGUCGUUGAUAUCGUCAAGUACAAGCUGGUCUUUUCGCAGCGGCCUGAGCCCGUGACGAAGGUUUUUGAGUGAGUGAGUGAUUUAUUGAGAGGGGAGGGGAUGGGGUGGGAAGAUCGUGGGAAGAUCGUGGCCUAGGGUACUAGAUGCGACAUCACUGCGAUGCGAUGCGAUGCGAUGCGAUGCGAUGCGAUUCCCGAGCCGUAGUGGGAGAAGGGAGGUACACGGUACUGCUCGCGAUUAUUGUGAAGGAUUACGGCCAUCUCUCGAGAAUCUUAUCAUGUACGUCUUGUGAGCCUAGCGUCGACGGGUUAGGUCUCGAAAGCUCGUCUCCGAGUCUGUUGAGGAUGGGAAUAAGGUGCUCUCAUAAGAAAGCAUUCGGGGGAGGGUGUGUAUUUACUGGUACAACCCGUGGCGGUGGACUUACUGGUAUGCAUAAUUAGAAAUAUCUACAAGCAACUACUGAGUAAGGCGAAAAAUAGGUCCGAAGAGCAUUUGUUUUUAUUU